GCAUUCCAGCUGUUUGCCUUCCACCUCCUUUCCUCUGUCUGUAAGUCACAACAUUUUUAAUCAGUUAAAAUACCUUCAUCCUCUUGUCUCUCCAUCAGAAAGUAAAUACAUAAGAAAUGCAUUAUUUUGGAGUAUUAGCUUCACUGUCUGUUUUCAAUAUCAUUGCCUGUCUGACAAGAGGCAAGCCUUUGGAAAACUGGGACAAGCUACCAGCUAUGGGAGAGUCUGAUGCAUUCUUUCAUGAUCCUGGGGAAGUGGAAGAUGAGACCCAUUUUGACUUUAAAUCUUUCCUGGAGAAUAUGAAGACAGAUUUACUACGAAGUUUGAAUUUAUCAAGGGUUCCCUCACAAGUGAAGACCCAAGAAGAACCACCACAGUUCAUGAUUGAUUUAUACAACAGAUAUACAGCGGACAAGUCCUCCAUCCCUGCAUCCAACAUCGUGAGGAGCUUCAGCACUGAAGAUGUUGUUUCUUUAACCUCGCCAGAAGAAAACCCAUUUCAGAAACACAUCUUGCUCUUCAACAUCUCUAUUCCACGAUAUGAGGAAAUCACCAGAGCUGAACUGAGACUCUUUAUCUCCUGUCACAGUGAAGUUGAGUCUCCCUCCAGACUGGAAGGCAACAUGGUCAUUUACGAUGUUCUAGAUGGAGACCACUGGGAAAACAAAGGAAGUACCAAAUCUUUGCUUGCCUCCCACAACAUUCAGAAGUGUGGCUGGGAGAUGUUUGAAGUGUCCAGCGCUGUGAAAAGAUGGGUCAGGGCAGACAAGCUGAAGACUAAAAACAAGCUAGAAGUUGUUUUAGAGAGUAAGGCUCUGGGUGGUUUCCCUUGUGAGAAGCUGGAUAUUAGUGUCACCCGUGACACUAAAAAUCUGCCCUUGUUAAUAGUGUUCUCCAAUGAUCGCAGCAAUGGGACAAAAGAGACCAAAGUGGAGCUCCGGGAGAUGAUUGUUCAUGAACAAGAAAGUGUGCUAAACAAAUUAGGAAAGAACAACUCUUCAUCUGAAGAACAACAACAGAGAGAGGAAAAGGCCAUCACUGGGCCUCAUCAGCGCUCCUCCAGAAGCAAGAGAAGCAUCGGAGCCAACCACUGUCGGAGAACUUCGCUCCACGUGAACUUUAAAGAGAUUGGUUGGGAUUCUUGGAUCAUUGCACCCAAAGAUUAUGAGGCUUUUGAGUGUAAAGGAGGUUGCUUCUUCCCUCUGACAGAUAACGUUACACCAACAAAACAUGCUAUUGUCCAGACUCUGGUGCAUCUCCAAAAUCCAAAGAAAGCUUCCAAAGCCUGCUGUGUUCCAACUAAAUUGGAUUCAAUCUCUAUUCUUUAUAAAGAUGAUGCUGGUGUGCCCACUUUGAUAUAUAACUAUGAAGGAAUGAAGGUGGCAGAAUGUGGCUGCAGGUAGUAUAUGCAGAAUAUCUAAGAAGAAUACACUCUUUUCUGCUGUCUGUGAAACUCUACAUUAGUGAUGCAAAUGAAAAUCCUUGCAAACAAGGUUUGGAGCAUGGCAUGGGGCUGGUUGUUGUUGUUGAUGCUUUUAGAGGAAAGCUGGCAUUUAAAGAAUGGCAAUCAUUGUAAAUACCCUGCAUAAUACACCAUUAAUUAAAAUUUU